AUGAAGCAGAAUGAAAGAAUUAAAUGGCUAAAGAUAGGGGACUCUAACACAGCUUACUUUCAUGUUUGUGUAAGAAAUAAGCAGACAAAGAACCAUAUAGGCAGCUUAAUAAAUAGUGCAAGGCAAAUUAUUCAAAAUACUGAGGAUGUAGAAGAGGAGAUCUUAAGGUUCUACAAAAUAUUACUUGGUACAGCAGCCUCAACUUUACUAGUAAUUGAUCCAGAUGUUAUGCAAAAAGGUAAUGUUCUGAGCAGACACCAACAACUGCAGUUAAUAAAGCCAGUCACUAAGGAGGAAGUGCAAAUAGCCUUAAAGGGCAUUGAUGGUGUUAUACCAGAGCUCAUAGACAAAUACCAAAUAGCCUUUGUACCAGGAAGAAUGAUUAGUGACUACAUCAUCAUGAGCCAUGAGCUGGUUAAAGGGUAUGGAAGGAAGAACAUAUCACCAAGGUGUAUGCUUAAGAUUGACAUACAAAAAGCAUAUGACUUUGUGGAAUGGAUAUAUAUUGAGCAAAUUAUGAAGCUGCUAGGUUUCCCUGAGAAGUUUGUAAGGUGGAUCAUGAAGUGUAUAAGUACUAUGGCCUAUACUGUAAUAAUAAAUGGACAACCAGCAAAGCCUUUUGAGUUAAGGAAGGGACUUAGACAGAAUGAUCCAUUGUCACAUAGGGGAUACACAAUCAGCUCUAGAGCUGAAGGUUUUGUUAUUAUGGCACCUAAAGAUCCUAAUGCAGCUAAAGUACACAAAGCAGCUAAUGCACCUAAAGCACCUAGACUACCUGUAAUACCCCCAGGUCCUUAUGUCCCUGCUCCUCCACCUACAAGACCAGGUCAAAAAUAUUUUGAGUUUCGAGAUUGGUUUAACUCUAGGGGUUACUGGAAGGGGAACCACGAUUUGAAGAAAUUAAUUGCAACUUUCUUGACUCCUACACAACGAGAUAAGCUUCAUAAUGGUACAUUUCGAUACAUUAUGGCUAUGGAGAAUUUCAAAUGCAGCAUGAAGUUGAUCAUAUUACAUAAUGUUGAAAAACCAAUUAAUCGAGAGAGCAAUAUUCUGAAGCACUAUUUUGGUAAGUCUAAGGGUGUGACUUUGAAGGAUAUUCGAGAUUUUAUGACUCGGAAUGAAAUUUCAAAGAAUGUUGUGAAUCACAUAUAC